AGGGCUGGGCUGCAGUUAUGAAACGUGAUUGGCCGGACGGCGUUGAAUCUUCGUCGUCCGAGAGACUUCAAACGCGGGGUUAGACAUUAGACAACCAAAGAUGACCUUUUCGAAACUCGGUUGUCUGCUUCCUUGUUUUUGUCAUAGCUCGGGGCAGCUCGGGCCUCGGGGCGUCUGCUGAGUGGGGUCAGUGGGGGCCGGUGCAAGGCCAUCUGGCCGGUGGGGCAUGCUGCUGAGUCAGAGCGUGGGUCCUGAGAUGCAUCAGUAAAAGUUUUCUGACGCAAUGUAUGAUCCUACAAAUAAGGAAACGCCAGAUAUAGUGCCGGAGUCUGCAGAUGAACUCACUCCUGCGUUGGGACUGCCGGGCCUGCUGGCCGCCCGGGCUGGUACCUUUCUGUCGCCGGAGGUCGGGCCUGUGGCGCUCUUCUCGCAGGCCUCAGACGCCAGUACCCACUUCUCUCCCGACGUUACCGCGGCCCCGGCCCCACACCAGGCGGAGAAGGCCGCCACCGCGACCUCCCAGUUACUCUUCUCACCAGGAGAGGAGGUGGUGCACUUGGGGCGCCUCCCGAGCUACGCUGACACGCCGAACCAUAUGGCCGUGGAGCGGUGUAUCGCUCUGAUGAGCCGGUCACCUACGGCUGCUAGUGGUCCGAGUCCGGCAGUCAGUCCGCGCCCGGCGCCCUCCGCGCCCUCCAGCUGUCAGCAGUUGGACCGGACCCCUUCGGUAGCCACCAGCCCAGGUCCGGCAGCGGCCGCCAGCCCAGGGCCGCCUGUCCCCGCGCUCCGGUGGCCGGCAGGGUCAUACGGACUCGACUCGGAUGGUGCGGAAUCGGACGGAGGCAGUCUCACCGAUUCUGUCAAACCCGAUCAGACUGCCGCAUAUACCUCGGGCGGCAGCUAUGGACUCUCUCAAACAGCACAGGCUCAGUACUCGGAGGGAAGCUAUUCGGACCGGGGGCUUCCAUCUGAGAUGCCGGACGCUCGCCGACCUCCACCGGCAGCCGUCGAGUACAGAGGACGGCGGGGACGUGGAGGCAGAGGACAGACGCGAUCCAAGCAGAGAUCUGGCGACAAAACCAGCGUCAGAGAGCGCCAGUCCAACCGGGGGCGGCGGGACGACCGGGAAGACUCUGCCUCUGACACUCGCCACCAGCUGUCGCUACUUUCGCGGCUCAGGCAGACCCUGAACAGACUGCAGAUUCAGCUCGAUGAUGAUGGUGAAAGCAUCACCAUGGCCAAGCUGCGAGAGCUCAAGAGCCGCGUUCGUCCGUGCUCAGCAGCGCUGGAGUCCCUGACAAACGGAUAUAUUACCAAGGAUGUGUCACGGCGAUUGGCGAAGGUUCAGGAGGUCAGCGACACGCUGUUGCUGCGUAUAAAGAUGCUUGAGACCAGAUGUCGGCCAACGGACACACGCAACGGGUUGGGCACCCGAUCAACUGCGGGUCGUCGAGUCAAGAACCAGAGACGGGACUCUCGAAGUGGUCCCUUUGGUCGGAGUCGACGAAGGGGUGCCGUGUCACCGGCUCCACCGCCACCGGACUUCGCUCCGUCGACUGGGCCUUCGCCAAGUCCGCCGUCACCCGGCUCACCGAUCGGGCCUGUCGAUGAUGACGCGGACUCACCAAAGCAGCUGAGCGCUAAACCUACAUCGCUGAGCGGACGGAUCGUCGUGGUUUCCUCGGCUGCGCCCUCUGUUGCCGCCUCCUCUGGCCCUCUCGCCAACACUGCCGCUCCAGCCGCCACUGCAGGCAGCGGCUUCACUGCUGUUGCAGCUGCCCCCAGUGGAGGCGCCUUCUCUACCACCUCAUCCGCCGCAGUAGGUGGCGCCUUUCCUGUCGCUCCAGUCGCCACAGCAGGCGGCGCAUUCUCUGGAGCUGCAGCUGCAGUAGCAGGCGACGCCUUCCCUAGAGCUGCAGCUACCGUAGCAGGCGGCGCCUUCCCUAGAGCUGCAGCUACCGUAGCAGGCGGCGCCUUCCCUAGAGCUGCAGCUACCGUAGCAGGCGGCGCCUUCUCUGGAGCUCCAGCUCCCACAACUGGGGACGCCUUCCCUGGAGCCGCAGUUCCCACAACAGGUGGCGCCUUCUCUGCAGCUGCAGCUGCAGUAGCGGGCGGCGCUUUCACCGGAGCUCCAGCAGUCGCAACAGGCGGCGCCUUCCCUGGAGCUGCAGCUACCGUAGCAGGCGGCGCCUUCCCUGGAGCUGCAGCCGGACCCUGGUUCUGGCAGUGGCCGAUGGGACUGCCCGCCGGGUGCCCCACCUGGCCGGCGCCGCCUUCCUGGUUUGGCCCAAUGCCUUGGGACCGUCAGCCUCCGCCACCGGCCGUGGUCGCCGCCACUGUUGCGCCCCCAACGGCAGCCACUGCUCCGCCACCGGUCUUCAUCUCUGCUUCUGCAACAGAGACAGCUACAGAGCACGCUGCCGAGAGAAUGCAGUCCUCUGCGGAGCAGCAGAGCAGCGGAGAAGAUGACAACCACAACAUCCAGAAGAUGCCGCCUACGACAUCCGGUCUUCACGCAGAGGAAAUGGAGGGGGUCGCGGAGUCGAGCUGCCAGCGUGACUCAGAGGAAGUGGACGGGAAGGAGGACCGGUCGAGCGCGCUCCGCCAGCGCUCCCUCCUGCUCCGUCUGCGUACCGUGCGGCUGGUGGACGACUGUGAGCUGGCACCUCUCACCUGUCCCGGCUGGGAUCGUCCCGAAACGCUGCUGGAUGCUGGCGAUGAAUGGUGGAACUAACCAGUGACCGCCGCCCUGGGCUGCUGGUCUGUGGCCAAACUCUAACGGUUAGAACGAACGGCCAAACUCCAGUCCUAUAUCAGAUGGCCAGGGUCAGAUCUGUUCAGGACGUGCGUUAUCGGUUAAUGUAUUCGAUGAGUGUUGCCAAAAGCAUUGGCUCAAACUUAAGUUGUUAUAACUAGUGUUUUACAUGUUAUGGCUGUUUUAUUCUUGAUACCUGCUAUGUUGUGUUGAUACCGCGUUAUUUCUCAUCGUUAAUUAUGAUGUAACCUGAACAUUUAUAAUUUGAUCAUUACUGGUUGGAAAUAUAAUUUAGUUUUGUUUAUA